AUGGAUAUUCCAUCAAACAAUAAACAGCUUCUUAGGUCUGGUAAUAAGAUCAGACAAAUAGUUAGGCUUCAGCAGCUGCUCAAGAAAUGGAAAAAGAUUGCAGCUGCAUCCCCUUCUUCUACUCACCUUCAACGCAAUACUAGUAGUGGUAAUGGCGGCAUCAAUAAGUUCCUCAAGAAAACUCUUUCAUUUUCAGACAAGGAAUACGACAUUAACAAUAAUAAUGUCCCCAAAGGAUGCCUUGCAGUACUAUGCGUUGGAAAGGAGGAGGAGAAGAGAUUUGUCAUCCCAAUGGACUACUUGGCCCACCAAUCAUUUCAAGUCCUCUUGAGAGAAGCUGAAGAAGAGUUUGGUUUCCAACAACAGGGAAUCCUCAAGAUUCCUUGUCAACUCUCCCUUUUUGACAAGAUUUUGAAAACCAUACAAUCUAAUAAACAACCAAAUGAUGAUAGUAAUGUCGUCGGCGGCUGCUGCUCUCCAGACAAUCACCAACACAAUAUCAUACCUCCUCAAUUGUGCAGUAUAUGAAUCAUCCAUUCAGUAUACUACUGCUUUAAUUAAUUACUCCUACGUAUUUAUUCGUCUUCAUCUCAUGCAUGCAUGUUGUACAUUUCUUGCCAAUCAGACAUAUCACUCCUCCCUCUUCUCGCUACUUGGGUAUAGUUUUAUCACUUUCUCUUCUAGCAAUUCACUUGUCCAUUUUCUAUUCUAUGCAUGGCUUGUUAAGUUUAAAAA